UGUUUGCCGCCAAGCUGGGCCCACUGGCGGCAGGUUCUGCCAGUUGCGCGCUGCGGUCACACUAGUUGCCCUGCUAUUUUGUUCGUCAUUACGUUGAUUUCUUCGUUCGUUUCGUGUUUUUUUUUAAAAUGGCCGAUACAAAGGGCUUUUCCAGCAUCGAGACGCCGGGCUAUGUGGGCUUCGCCAACCUGCCCAACCAGGUGCAUCGAAAGUCCGUAAAGAAGGGUUUUGAGUUCACUUUAAUGGUGGUGGGCGAGUCCGGACUGGGCAAGUCCACGCUGGUCAACAGUCUCUUUCUCACGGAUCUCUAUCCCGAGCGCAUCAUUCCGGAUGCCAUAGAGAAACAAAAGCAGACCGUUAAACUGGAGGCAUCGACGGUGGAGAUCGAGGAACGCGGCGUCAAGCUGAGACUGACGGUGGUGGACACACCCGGAUUCGGCGAUGCCAUCGACAACUCCAACAGCUUUGGCGCCAUACUCGAGUACAUUGAUGAGCAGUACGAGCGCUUUUUGCGCGACGAAAGUGGCCUGAACAGGCGCAACAUUGUGGACAAUCGCAUUCAUUGCUGUUUCUACUUUAUAUCGCCCUUCGGUCAUGGGCUAAAACCCCUCGACGUAGAGUUCAUGAAGAAGCUGCACUCCAAAGUUAACAUUGUGCCCGUGAUCGCCAAGGCUGAUUGCCUUACAAAGAAGGAGAUCCUGCGCCUGAAGUGCCGCAUUAUGCAGGAGAUCGAGAGCCACGGCAUCAAGAUCUACCCACUGCCAGACUGUGAUUCCGACGAGGAUGAGGACUACAAGGAGCAGGUGAAGCAACUGAAGGAAGCUGUGCCUUUCGCCGUCUGCGGCGCCAACACACUGCUCGAGGUCAAGGGCAAGAAAGUGCGCGGUCGUCUGUAUCCAUGGGGCGUGGUCGAGGUAGAGAAUCCCGAUCACUGCGACUUCAUCAAGCUGCGCACCAUGCUCAUCACCCACAUGCAGGACCUGCAGGAGGUGACGCAGGAGGUGCACUACGAGAACUACCGCUCCGACCGCCUCGCCAAGGGCAUCAAGGGAAAAGAGAACGGCGUUAAGGCCGAGCGGGACAGCAGCUCGCAGGUGGUGUCGAACAGUGUGCUUGGCGAGAAGGACCGCAUCCUGCAGGAGAAGGAGGCCGAGUUGCGGCGCAUGCAGGAGAUGCUCGCCCAGAUGCAGGCACGCAUGCAGGCCCAGCAAUGAGCGGGCGGGUAUAUUUUUGAUAUACGCGCUCAGCGGAGGCGGCAAUCUAUAGUUAUACACACAAGUCGUAUAUAUACAUAUACACAACAUAUAUUUUGUACGCAGAUUUUGGUUGCGAUCGCGCUUUAAUUCUACUCUCAAUUGUGAAACGACGGGCGCUAAGUAUUCUGUAUUAAUUUCGCAUUCUCCAUAUAUAUAUAUUCGUAGUAUCUAGGUAUACACACCAUAUACAUUUAUACACACCGCCAACUUACACCUGCCGCGUAUGCAAACGCCUGCAAUGCAAUUGCUCCAUUAAAAAACCAAACAAAAAACAAAAACAUAAGGAAAACCAACCAUCAGCGAACUCAUAUCACUCCUAUCACUCAAGCGAAACACACACGAAAACAACUGUAUUCCUACUAUGUAUUUAGACGCGAUUAACAAUGGAUUAUUAUUGUACUAUGCAUCUAGGCUAAGCGAAUCCAAUCCGAUUUAUAUUGUAUGUUGAUUCAUUUUUGUCUGUUUACCCUACCCUCUGUGUAGUCUCAAAGCGAGCAAUUUAUUUAGGUUAUACUAUAUGUGCGCAGCAGCCUUCCCCUCCGAUCUUUCUCGACCACCAUGGGGCGCUAUCCUCCAGUGCCGCCCGAUUCCUAAGCACGAUCUGAUUGAACAAACAGUGAUCCCUUCCUAGGCGGUCCCGGGAUCCCGUGGCUAGUUGCAGAAACUCGGUUUGGCAGGCUGCUCGCUUAAAAGUGCACUCCGUUAACGGAUGAAACAAAAACCAAAAUGUGAAAUCUCUUUUAUUAUGUAUAUGAAGACUUUUUUACCCAAUAUAAUCCCCUAUGAAUACAUAAACAUGCUUUUUAUACAAUUUGUAAA